AUGGGAUAUCAGAUGCUCAAUCUCUCGUGUCGACGAGUAAUGAUCUCGAGUAAAGUUAUUCACAAUGUGGGUCGUUGCCCACGCCGACAAGGAAUUGCCAAGCGCGCAUUCUCUCUCACUGCCAAAGUUGGCGACGUCAUGAAAGAAGACAACGAAAGUGGAUUCAAAAUAUCUCGAGUUGGAUCAACUCGACAGACACUCGUAAGGUCUAUAUUUGCAUCCGCCACAUAUUAUCCCUCUGUCUCUGGAGAGACGGUUCUUGGGGACCUGGUUGAUGAUGUUAAAUCGGACCUCCAAAAGAGCUCAGAGAAGGCGCCCCUCACAGGUGGGGGGCGAACUCGUAUGAGACAAAUCCGUAAUAAGAGAGCCAAAGAUGAUAGCUCUAGUUCAAUCACCCCUAAUAUGGUUCUCGACCGAAAACCUUCUUCGCUGAGCCCUCGCCAAUUCAGCAUCAUCUCUCCGGAUCCCAAGCGCACUACUAAAGAACAAGUUCUUCAACUCAUCUCUAAUCGUGCGCGCAUGACCAAAGCUCGAUAUCUUGCGGACCCCUCUCUUAAUCCACCCGAGGAAGCGGUCGUUAUCCUAGUAACCCCAGCGUUUGCGAAUUGGCUUGAAGAUGAGAAUUUUAUCAAACAGGUCUUGGAAUGUUUUACAUAUCAUCACGUGGAUGGUAAGCCGAAUUACGUUGUUGUCGUUGGUGCUGUAGUUGAUGGCCUUGUACCUUCACCUGAUGAUAUCCCCAUAGCGGAGCGUGCUGGUCCGCUUGAGGGAUUCUCCUUCUUGCAUGGUCUACGGAGUCGAGUGUUGAGGCCUGAUAAUGUGUGGAACCCCGAAUCAUUCAAGGAUAAUGCAAAAAAUCCUGACAAAUUAUCACAUCUCAUAAUUUCUGGGAACAAAUUGCAAAAGCCGUGGGAGUUGGCAUUGAGUACUACAAUAAGUCUACCUUUGGCAAAUACUUUGUUUGUGAACGGCAAGCAUUCAACUCUCGAAAUAGCUAAAUGGACUCGAAGAAAUGAGGGUGAAUAUAAAUGCAUACAAAGAGAGCAAAAACAAUAUCAGCAUAUCAAAGCUUUUCAUUAUGAAAAUACCAUGAUUCCACCAAUAUUUGUACCAGCAGUUCCUCUAACUCUGCCUCGACCCAUUGCAAAUGGGUUAGGCAAUAUUGUUCGACAACUUUCUUUUGGAUCAGGGGAUACAGAUAACAGACCGGCUUCAUCUGAAUUAGAAACCCAAGUUACAAGGUUCAUGGAAUAUAGUAAUUUGCACACCAACAUUGGAGUGUGGGCGUUGAUAUACCGAAAGGAACUUCUGGACCCCAAUCUCAAGGCUUCAACGCUUGAAUCGGCAGAAGAUCUCGAGUCAACUUGGAGCAAUGAUGAUAAAAAUCUAAGAUUUGUUGGUACACAAAUAGCUCUUGGGGCCAUUCUUUGUCGCGUUGUGAGCGGUGGUGGUGGUUGGGGCGCUAAACAAGGCCUCUUAUCCUUGGAUCCUCAAAUGACAUACGAAGAUAUCGUUUCAGCAUCCUUUGAAUAUACUGAUCAAUCAAUGGAGAAAGCACAAGAUUCUACGCUAGGUAAUCUCGCUCGACGAGGUGAUCACAUACAGUUCUUUACCAUCAAUCCCUCCAAGUUGAAGGAACCCGGAACUCCAAUGGAUAUUCCAGAAUCGAAUGAAACCACUGACGCGAAUUCCAUCGUCGACGACAAGGUAGCAAGAAAAAGACUUCUUACACAAGAACCAGAAAAGACCGAAUUAAAUCUCCGCGAUGCCACAGACCUGAGUUGGUCUAGCAGAACUACAUUUGGAGUAGUUCCUAGCACAAUCGACGAAAUACCCAGCUAUGAUAUUCACGACUCCUCGACUUCCAACGAGACGCUACCUUUUCUAAGCUUCCACAAAGGCGAAUUUGGCGCAGUAUCCGAGUCAGGAAUCUACCUCCAUUCAUCUCACCAAAAACGAAUCAAUGCAAAAUCACACGAACUCAUCAAUACGAAAAUCGAUAUGCCGUAUUCAUACAUCUACCGUGAUCAACCAGGCACGUCACCCAAGCAGACUGAAGAAUACAAAAUGAGAAUGAAUUCUCUCCUUGGAAGAUUUAGCUCUGAUGCCAAAAACAGCGAAUCGUUAUUUGAAAUGACAUCAAGAUUUAUCGUUACGACGGGCCGCGUUCCAACAAGGGAAGAACAAAAUGAACUCCUAGAAAAAUGUAAUAUCAAUCCGAGAAUCGUAGCGGCGAAGAAGAAAGGAGGAGUUACUUAUGCGCGUAUGCUUGUUUGGGAGGCGGAAAAGGAAAUGAAAAAUAUGAUUUCGCAAGCUAGACUCCUAUCGAGGGAAACUGGUAUGCAUGAAGCUUUUGAGAAGAUUUUUCCGGAAGUGGAGGAACGCAAUGUGAUUAGGAAGAAGAGGGUUGGGCAUACUAGGUGGCCGAAGUUUGUGGGGGAGAAGGAAAGGAGAGAGGUUGAGGUGAGGAAGGUUAAAGUUUUUCCUACGGAGAAGAAGUUUAGAUUUUCGUACGGGGAGGAGAGUGGGGGAUCGAAGGUCUAA